ACCCAGAGGUCCUGGCUUGCCCAGCAGCAGCCAGAGGCUUGGGGACUCUGGUGGAGCCGAGAAGGAGUGCUUAUCCAACUCAGCACUGCGUCUAGCCUUCGGGUCCCCGAAGACUCCAGUUCGGAGAGGAGAAUCAUCCCAGCUGGUUUCAGGCACUAUACAUCACAAACUUUAGGGGACGGACUUUGUGGCCAGAAACCUGUGAUGAAGAUGUCCUUGUCCCCAGGAAGCAGGAGGUAGAGAAGUUUCCCGCAGGCUGUGGGGGAUCCCACUGCCUGGCUCCCACCAUGAAGGAUCUUCCAGCAUUCCCUUGCCACUGGGUCUGGCUAGUCUGGUCCUUCUGCAGCUUCCAGGUGUGUAGUACUCAGCCCAGAGCCCAGGAACAUCCAGGGUUUGCCGUCUUGGCUUCUGCUUCUCAUUAUUGGCCAUUGGAAAACGUGGAUGGGAUCUUGGAGCUUCAGGACACAACUGGAGCGCUGCGAACCCUCAACCUCACUGUGCCUCUCUCCCACAAUGCUACCUUUGUCUUUACCAAUGACUCUGCCUACUCCAACUUGUCUGCGACCGUAGAUAUCAUGGAAGGAAAGGUGAACAAAGGUAUUUACCUCAAGGAGGAGAAGGGGGUGACAUUUCUCUACUACGGCAGCUACAAGUCAUCCUGUAUUAGCAACCCCGCCCAGUGUGGACCAGAGGGAGUGACAUUUUCAUUCUUCUGGAAGACUCAAGGAGAGCAUACCCAACCAGCCCCCUAUGCAUAUGGGGGACAGGUUGUCUCUGACGGGUUCAAAGUCUGCUCUAGUGGUGGAAAGGGCUCCGUGGAGCUGUACACACGUGACAAUUCCAUGACGUGGAAGGCCACCUUCAACCCUCCUGGUCCUUACUGGACUCAUGUCCUCUUCACGUGGAAAUCCAAGGAGGGCCUGAAGGUUUAUGUCAACGGAACUCUAAGCACCUCGGACCCGAGUGGGAAAGUGUCUCACACCUAUGGGGAUCCCCACGUCCACAUGGUUAUAGGGUCAGAACAGGACCCCACCAAGCGCUACGAGAAUGGAGCUUUCGAUGAGUUCAUCAUCUGGGAACGGGCGCUGACCCCCGAUGAGAUCAAGUUGUACUUUACAGCUGCCAUUGGUAAACAAGCUCUGUUAUCUUCCACACCGCCGGCAAUGCUCACAGCACACACCAUGAUGCCCACAGAUGCCUACCACCCUAUCAUCACCAACCUGACGGAGGAGAGAAAACACUUCCAGAUACCCGCAACUGUGCUAAGAUACCUUCAAAAUGUAUCCCUCAGCUUGCCCAAUAAAUCCCUCUCAGAGGAUACUGCGCUGAACUUCACAGAGACCUUCUUAAGAACGGUGGGCGAGGUGCUUCUACUGCCCAGCUGGACCCAUGUAUCAGAGGACAACGCCGUGACGCUGGGUCUGGUUGACACCAUCGAUACCGUCAUGGGCCACAUAUCAUCUAACCUUCAGUCCAGAGAACCCCAUGUCUCCCUCACAGGCUCUUCCUCCAUGGCAGAAUUCUCUGUGGCCAAGGUCCUUCCACCAUCGCUGAGUGCCCUCCACUAUAGAUUUCCAGCCCAUGGGCACAGCUACAUUGAGAUUCCGAGAGAGGCCCUUCACAGCCAAGCCUGGACCACGAUUGUCGGCCUUCUCUACCACACCAUGCACUAUUACCUGAACAACAUCCCCCCAGCCAGCACCGAGAUUCCUGAGGCUGUGAACUGCAGAGACUGCCUGUUGUCUGUCGCCAGCCACCUGAUCUCCCUGGAGGUGUCCCCACCACCUACUCUGUCCCAGAACCUAUCUGGUUCUCCUCUGAUCACUGCUCAUCUCAAACACAGACUGACUCAGAAGCAGUACAACGAUGCCACCAAUGAGAGCAACCGUCUCUUUCUGUAUUGCGCCUUCCUUAACUUCAGCUCCGGGGAAGGCAUCUGGUCCAGCCAGGGCUGUGCACUCACAGAAGGAAACCUCACCUACUCAGUGUGCCGCUGCACGCACCUCACCAACUUCGCCAUCCUCAUGCAAGUGGUCCCACUGAAGCUCACACUCGGACACCAGGUGGCGCUGUCGUCCAUCAGUUACGUUGGCUGCUCUCUGUCAGUUCUCUGCCUGGCUGCCACACUGGUCACCUUCGCAGUACUGUCUUCCGUCAGCACCAUCCGGAACCAGCGUUACCACAUCCAUGCCAACCUGUCCUUCGCCGUCCUGGUGGCCCAGGUCUUGCUGUUGAUCAGUUUCCCCAUGGAGCCUGGCACGGUCCCGUGCCAGGUGCUGGCUGUCCUCCUUCACUACUUCUUCCUGACCGCCUUUGCUUGGAUGCUGGUGGAAGGGCUGCAUCUCUACAGCAUGGUGAUAAAGGUCUUCGGGUCAGAGGACAGCAAGCAUCUCUACUACUAUGGGAUAGGCUGGGGGUGUCCUCUCCUCAUCUGUAUCAUCUCCAUAUCAUCCUCUAUGGACAGCUAUGGGACAAGUGACAGCUGCUGGCUGUCUCUGGGGAGUGGUGCCAUCUGGGCCUUUGUGGGCCCAGCUCUGCUGGUCAUUGUGGUCAACAUUGUUAUCCUGGUUGCUGUGACAAGGGUCAUCUCCCACAUCAGCACCGACAGCUACAAGAUACACGGGGACCCCAGUGCCUUCAAGUUGACAGCCAAGGCUGUGGCUGUGCUGCUACCCAUCCUGGGGACCUCAUGGGUAUUUGGGGUGCUUGCCGUCAGUGACCGGGCCCUGGUCUUCCAAUACAUGUUUGCUAUCCUCAACUCUUUACAGGGCCUCUUCAUCUUUCUCUUUCACUGUCUCCUGAAUUCAGAGGUGAGAGCUGCCUUUAAACACAAGACCAAGGUCUGGUCCCUCACGAGCAGCUCUGCCCGUACUGCGAACACAAAGCCUUUCAGUUCAGACACCGUUAACGGGACACGGACAGGCACGGCGUCUACAAAGCUAAGCCCUUGGGACAAGAGCAGUCAUUCUGCCCAACGUGUCGACCUAUCCGCUGUGUGAACAGGGCGGCUGCCAUUCAAAAGAAGUGCCUUCCCCGAAGCAGAGAAAAAAAAAAUGUGUACCCUGCCGCCAUCGUGAGUCCCUCUCCUCCUUGAUGCCUCGGCCUGGGAUAACGGCCCCUACCUACGACUGUGCAGAAUGUCCUGCCUGGCACUGCCGAGUGGACUCACGGGGUGUGGCCAGCGAUUAUGUGGCCCUCCUUCCCUGCUGUGGUAGACACUUCUGUCCUCUGUGGACACCAGAAUGCAGAGUAGCCCAUAGUGACCAUCAAGUCUGGACCUCCCUUCUUACCAUGUGCACAGAGCAUCGGACCAGCAAGGCUGCGUCAAAUGACAUAUAAAGAUAGGGCUACAAGAGAACAUAGCCCCAGCCUUGAAAGAGACUGAGAGUCCUGAGGGCAACUCAACGUCGUGUGGCUCUCCGGAGGGUUGACAGAGGUGGUAGCCAAGCCAUGUGGGGGAAUGAGGCCAGCACCAAUUGGAAUGUGCAUCUUCACAUAAGGGGACACUAAUUGAGCCACCACCCAUCCCAGCUGUCCAGCCAGUUCUGGGCUCUCUGCCUUUGCCUGUUUGGAGUCACCCACUGUCCCUUGUUUGGAACUUUGUGAAGACAGUCUAAAGGAGACACUCCAUGGGAGCUGAUGCAGUCUAUUCUCUGCGAGCUGCUCCUCAGCGGACCUAAAGUCAGCCUUAGAAUGUCCAUUUCAAACAGCGUCUGUACUCUCUACAACCUCCACCUGGGCUAAGCUCCCCUGCUGGGUAUCCCCCUGCACCUGCAUCUCCUGGCUUUCUGGGAGUGUAGCUACCCCUAAGGUCUGCUUUCUCAUUACUUAGACAUGCCUUUUCCAUGAAAGAGCGAGCAGGCACCUUCUUAAGACAGCUUAGACAUUGGAUAUCCCUCAUGUGACACACU